GAACAGAUUUUUGCAAUUAGUUGAGCGUUUUACUACAUAACUAUGCAGUUGAAACUGGAUGUGGAAAUGAUAAACAUAGAGAGCGCAAGUGCAGUGCCGCAAUGAGAGCCAUUAGGAAUAAGAGCGAGGCAUCGAGCCAAGCAAGAAGCAGCAGGAAGGCAUAGUUGUGUCGCGUCUGAUCGCGUCGUACUGUCGUUCCUGUGGUUCACUGUGGUCCACUGUGGUCGUUGAGCCAUCGUGCCGUUGAGUGGUUUUGCGACUCGUCGUCCAUUCUGUACAGCCCGUGUCUGGGAUAGCAUCGAGGCUUCCUGAAUUGACUAAUAUCUCCGGGUGAUACUUGUCGCGACUUGCUACCAUCACAGCAGUUGCUUGAUUGACGGCGGGACGAUGUCGCAUAGUGCGUAGUAUCCCAAAGCAUCGCAGCCGGGGAGGCCAACGAUUGUGGCCCUCGAAAAUCCACACUCAGUCCAUCCAGUCCUUUAAUGGCGUUUUCGUGAAAAAGAGUUGACGCUGAACGCGCGGGCUUUUUUCCGGGUGCGGUUUAUUCGUGUGCGCUCUGCGCGCCAGUUGCCAGUCAGCCAACGAGCCGGGCAUCUACACAGCGCGAGAGUGGGCGAAGGAGUGAUGGGAAAGAGUGAGUGAGAGAGAAUAUGAGAGAACGAAUGGGAGUGAGGCAGUGCGUUUGACUGUGGGCUGUGCCUGCCUGUGUGUACUAUGUGUUUCUACGCGCGGGGGUAAAAGAGGGAGGCAGAGGGAGCUCCGUCAAAAUGUCGCUGAAAAUGCCAACGCAGAUACAGUGAUUGUCUUCCGUGGUGGCUAGGAUAUACGAAACGCGAAUGGGAUUUCUAGCAUUCUCGUAGUAAGGAUUGGUGAUCUAGUAGGUGAAAUGAGGGCCCUUCGUAUUACAUCCCAGCCAUUGCUUUUCCUUUAACGUCGACAAAGUGUACUCGAGGCAACAAGAUGACCGCAUUGAUUGCACCCAUUUUCCUGUUUAUUUUAUCCCGUAGUCGCUCCUUUCUCUCUCAUCUUCCUUUCCGUUUCUGGACCUACAAUCUGAAGUCUACUUUUGCUUUCGUUUUCUCUUCAAGCAGGAGAGCGUGCGGAAAAAUAUUGUAGCGAGCAAUAGUUACGAAACCUCCGCGCAGCCGAUUUCCUUUUCGUUUGUUGCUCCUUUCUGAGCAGCACGUCGUUUCUUUUCAUUUUCUUCCAUCAUUCACAGUCAUCUCCUUCGCUAUUCGUUUCUCUACGUUUCUUCCUUGUUCCUUCCAAUAAUUUGCCUGUGCGUCUCUCUUGUAAACUCUUCGAACCAACCGAUGACCUCGAUGUCGAAUCGUUCUUGUGAAGUUUCUUAAGAUAGUUCGUCUUUACAUCUUGGAGUGAACCUGCUGUCCGAAAUACCCUGUAUUUUAAUUUAAAUGAUGCACACGCUUCUUUCAAGUUUUCUUCUCUUUUUCGAAGAAUCUUGGUCUUGGAGCAUGCGAAUUUUUUAUUCUUUGGUAAGAUACAUUUCAUGAGUUCAUCUCCGACAUUAUGACUAUUCAAUUUUCUGGAAAAUUCGCGGAAAUUGUGCUUCAAAGACACCCGACUUUUGUCUUUUCCUCUGACGUCUUAAAAUAACCACUCACAGCAAUAAGAAAUAGUUGUCAUGUUCUCAAUCUGCCGACUUCGCAAAUGCUUAGUGGCCGUUACGGUCAUCCCUUCGUGCUUGUGAGUGACGUGAUUUUUCAGAAAGGAUUGCACUAAUUCUGUAUGCUCCAUAAGCGAGUAGUACAGAAUCCCUCGUUGUUCUUAUCAUAAGAUCAAUACAAUUUCUUUCUUGACGUUACCUUAAUAUCCUUUAGUUCAUUACUUGUAUUGUUGUGAAAUUUCAAAGAUGAGUUACCUUAUGCAUGAAAUGUAAAAAAAGUAGAUCCAUUAUAUAAGAGUUUAAGCAGAUAAUAAUGUAUUCAUUCAAGUGCUCAAAAGAUUGUUGCUCAGCUGACUGCUGUUGCAUUUUAACAAAAAGCUACGUAGUUGCCUGGUUCUAUGACUGAUUGUAUUUUAAUCUUUUCAUUUAGUGUUGGUACUACUCCUUUAUAGAUUUCUGGUAGAAUUCACCACUGAAAGGUGGAGAAAAUGGUGUCUACUCGUCAGUCCAGCAAUAUGAACAGUAGUAGUGGUGGAGCUCCUAUUGUUGGCGAAGUCACAGCAGAGCCUGGGCCAUCUCGCAGGAAUCAAACUCAGGCACAGGCACAAGCUAGCUCAUCUGACAUCGUGUCCAUUGUGGAUUCUUCACCCACCUGCAACUUGAAUCUAUUGGACCUUCCUGUGGAAAUUUUAGAAAAAAUUUUCAGUUACUUAGACUACAAUAUCGUAGCCCAUUUGCGUCCAGUGUGCCACCAGAUGGACCGUGUAUGUGGAUCCAUUUUGAAUUCCACCUUUCAGAGACUGCAGACUCAAAUGCUCAGUCGUUUUCAGGCAAUAAAAGCACAGAUGCCAAGACGUGAGUCGGCUCGUCGAAAUCAUCCACUAGCCUGUGAAUCAGACAUAAUAGAAACUUUGCACAUGCGACUUACUCUCCUUCAAAUGAGUUUUGGCAAGCAUAUUGAGCGAAAACAUUGUUGUUUCUUCCCUGGAGAGAUUUUGGAUGAGGUCUACCGUAUUUUAUACUACAUCAAAGUUACUCCGAAACUCGCACGACCGUAUAAAGUCACGGACGAACUGUUCGACCUCAGUACCAUGGCCAUGGAGUACUUCAAAGAGCGUAUUGAACCCACGCUUCCCGAAAUUCCAUAUUUUGGAACAGACUUCCUUGACUUGGCAGGGACCUUCUCGUCUCCUAGCAAUGUGAGCAAAUCUUUUAUGUGCCUGGACUCUGCACCGUUGAGCGUCGGUACUGGUAAAGCUGGAAGUACCAGUGGCGGAGAGGGUUCGCCACCACACUCUUCGGACGAUCCGGCUCUCCUUGAAUCCAAUGUGGCGCCACCGCAGUCCAACAUGGUGUUGCGUAAACGAAUUCGAAAGAUCAAGCAAGGCAUGAAGAGAUACAAUAGUCAAUUGACUCUGAUGCGCAGGGAUUUGCGAAGUUGUAAGGCGAAGAUUGCUGAGCAACAAAAGCAAAUAGUGGAGUACGCGAAUCGUUUGGACGACAAUGACAAGAAGAACGAAGAGACUUCACGAAAGUUCAGCACGCUCCUACAGGCUCAUCAAAGUCACCUGGACGUUCUGCAGGAGUUAAACAAGUGCAAGACGGAGCUGCAGUACUGGCGCUCAAAAUCGCCAGCGAUACCAGUGUGUGUUGGUUGCGGCCAAUCGAUGCCCGUACCAACGGAGGAUUUGCAGGCUUUGGCAAAUCAGGGUGUCCUGCCGGAGUCCUUCGAUGAAGCAUUGGACUUCAUACCGAUAGCGGAUGCUCAGAGCCCAACGGAGAUGUCAUUACAACCGGCUGGUUCCGCAACUUUGCCUCCGGUAGUAGCGACAGCUGCUGUGGCCACAGCAACAACGGCGGCGUCCGUUAGCGCACAGCUAGUGCUGGAGAUGGCGCCGCCAAAGGUGCCCGUGCCUUUGGUUUCGUCGAAACGAAAAGCGUCUGCAGAGGAGACACCAAGCGACGCUACCAAGAAGCCUCGCCGCACUGCCAAGUCUCGUCAGGCUAAGCGCUCAAAGAUGUAAAACUGAUUCUGACCAUGGUACAAAUAUCCAAUUAACAUCUCCGAGGCUCACCAAAGGAAGGUGUUUCUAAACCAAUCUCGUGUUUCUUGCGACGCAUAAUGGAUGAUAUUAGAAAAGUACAAAAUUAUUUCCCGUUCGUCCAACAAUAGCCAAUUGCAAUGGAGCAAGAUUUGAUAUUAGCUAAAGAUAGUGGCCAUGCAUGCGGUGAUGGUCACUAUGAGUAAGCCUAAGUUAACGAUUUCAUAUUCUUGUCCUAUGAAACGUCGAAAUGCGGGCUCACAAAUAUUCUAAAUGAUAGUCGGUCAUCUGUAUCGUCUGUAAGAUCGUGUAUAGUAAUGCCUUCUCUUGGUCCUCGCUAAAUUAAUCUAGAAUUAUUAGUUGUGACUGAGAAAUAAUUGAGAAAAAUGGGAGACUCGGACCUCGAUCCACCAUACGAUUUAAUUGCUAAUAUCCGGGUAAAUCUCUGCUCUGCUGUUCUCUCUCUUUAUCUUCCUCUGCGAUAAACACUGUCUCUUUCUCUCCCUAUGUAUUUCUAUCUCUAUUUGUUCUCUCUCUAUCUCUUUCACUCUUUUACUCUCUUGCUCGAGUGGAUGGUUCAUCUUACUUAGUGCUUAGCGAGUAUGUAAUGAAUUUCUACGAUGUUUCUUCGAUUGCAAACAUUUGCCGAUUUUAAUUUUUUUUUUAUUUUUCAAUACUAUGGAAUAUUUUUGGUAGAACGUCGACCGAGUAUCUCACCUUAGCAAUUUCUCCCUAAAUAUUUAGGUUAAUAUGGGACUAGGCACACACGAGCUGACGUUAGCUAAAAGUCUUAUUCGAAGAGUAGCUCUUUUGUAUAAAAGUCGCUUUAGAACUCGGAACUUGGCGAUUUGCACGAUCCCACUACUGAUAAGACUGAAGGUAUGCAUUACCAACUGCCUGAAAUGCAGAAGGUCGACUCAGCUGCCACUCGAUUAAUCGUUGCUGACCGCGGGAGAAUUAUUUGCCUGUCACCACUCUUUCUCUUGAUUAUGAACUAAAUACGGUUCACGUUGUGCGUCCCGGCGCAUAACAAUGGGAGUGCAUCUACUAGUUCGGACAACGGCGGCAUAUGCAAGCGACAGUAAAAUUGUACUGUCUGCAAUUUCGAAUGGGGGAUGCGAGCUACACUUAUGCAUGGACACAAUUUAAGUAUGCAAGAUCCGUGGUGGGAGAUUUUUAUACAGCUUUUGGAAUGGACUUUUUACAUAGUGCUCUAGCAUCUUAAUUUGCAGUACCGAUCGAUAAGUACCUGAGAGGACUAAGUGAGACUGGUUCGUACAGGUACUCCGAAUGGUGCACCGACAACCAUAUCAAUUUCCUCAUUUAGUCGAGCCGACAUAUUUUAAAGAAUUUCACUUUUGCCCCUUUUCAAUCCAGAAUUCCGCGAUUUCACGAUGAAAAAAGAACGGAUCCACCGAGUCAAACCUUCGGAUAUAAAAAAAUUUGCUAUUGACUUUCUUUUAUCUUUCUUGAAAAUUAUUCCCUUCGCUAUGGCGUACUCAAAGACGCCAUUUUACGUGGGACUGAUAGUUAUUAUUCAGAAUUUUCGCAAAUCAAAAUGCUAAGAGGAAGGAAUACAUUUUUUAUAGAAUUUUAGGUGAAACAUGUGUGUGAGUUCAUGAUUUCAUACUGUAGGGGAAAGAAAUGAAAAAAGAAGAGAAAGAAAUCAAGUCGGAUAAAUAAUAAAUUGUAAAAAUUAUUAAAAAGGGUUGCGUGAUCUUCGGAACAAUGGUGUCUUUUAGAUUCGUUUGACCGCAACGCGACAAGUGCGGCAUUUACUGCAAUAUUAAUGGACUUAGCUAAUUAAUUGUAGAAUCGAUGAUUUAUCGCGGUCGUCUUUGACAAUGUCGUUGCCAUUUUUAUUGUUGGUCGAGAUUCUCGCGUACGUCGAGCUACGAGGUCCGAGUGAAAUGUUUUGCGCUCGGUCGAAUUUGUCGAAUCCGUCGAAUCCGUCGAAUUUUCGGGUUUUCUUUUUCUUCGAACAUUUCCCGCCUUUCGUUUCGCGGCGGAUAUCUAAAGAAUUUCAUCUUAAAUUGCGAGCAAACCGAGGUGGAUCCGAUGGAAAAGGAAUCGAGGAUACCGAAAGUCGAGGGGCGAAUAUCGUAAUUUUGUAAAUCCGUUCGGUAUUUCAAAGUUGACACAGACAAUGCUCCUUCGUAGAACGACAUAGAAACAUUAUGUACAAUUUAUUGUCUAAUUUUCAUUGAUCACCCAGGUUAAUUAAUCCCAAUGAAGUGUAGUUAGCAAUAUUGUGAGUUAUAAUUAUUCACGAUUCUAGUAAUAAAAGUACAGAAUACUGAUAAUAAGUAAAUAUAUGAGUGGGGUCAUGCGACAUGCGCAUACCGCCACAAAGCAUUUUCGUUUAAACUUUAAUGGAACAAUAAAAUAUAAUUAAUAACGAUUAUUAAUUAUAAUAAUAGUAAUAAUAAUAAUAAUAAAGUAACUGUCGAGAUACAUAAAUAUAAAUACGUGAAAAGAUGAGAGCGAGCGCGCGUGCUUUUACACACACGCGCGCGCGCAGAGAGAGAGAGAGAGAGAGAGAGAGAGAGAGAGAGAGAGAGAGAGAGAGAGACGCGCGCGAGCGACACAACUAUUGCAUGCAGACUUUUGUAUCGAUGUCGGGCAGAGAUAACAAAAAAGAAAAUAAAGGCGAAAGUGAGGAUGAGAGGGAGUGAAAGAAAGUGAGAGCAUGCGAUAAGCUUAAAGAUGAAACGCGAGAGUGUAAAAAUAUUACUAAAAAUUGAACUGUCAGAACAUUUAAUCUGAUGUCUGAUGGUUUUACGAUUAAAUCGCAGGAAAGUGACCUUCAUUGAAAUAAAGUCAUGCGAGUGAGGAGGAUGAGGAAAGGAGGAGAGCGAGCACUUGUAUGAAAUUGACGGGUUUUUCCUUAACUUGAAUCGUGGGAACUGGCGUUAGGAAAUCAUCGGAUUCGAAAUAUUGUAAUCGUAUCUUUUUGAACGUCUCGUCAUCAUUUCUGUGUGACGAUUCUCGGUUCUCCGAGGGAGCGAUGAACGAAAGAAUGAAGCUAUGUACUCUACGCAUUUAUGAAUAUGAGCAUAUAAGAUAUACGAUCUCACGUAAGCGUAUGAAGAAUGUACAAUUAGCUGUAUAAAUAUGCAGGCGACAUGAGAGAAAAUCGUGAAUGGCGAAAGUCGCGAGUAAAGUCGCGACCAGAGCAGUUAAGCUCGUUUCGCUUGGUGCUGGAUCCCCGUCCCCUCGCAACCGCCAAGAACGCGCGCAAUCAUGCAUCCAUAGAAUUCUGAGCAUGUCCUUUGAUUAAUCUUCAAGCCGAUAAUACUAGAGAGUCGAGCGCUAUUGAGAGAGCAGGAGAAAGAUUUGAUAAGAAUAGCAGGAAGACGUGCAUGCAUCGUACAUAAAUACAAUUGCCAGCGGCGCGACCUGAGCGCACCUUGUCGUGCCGCCGAGAGAAUAAUUAUAUAUUGUCUUAUUUGUUUAUUAACGUGUAUCAAAUGCGAUUGUAAAUAUAUAUAUAUUAGAUACACCAUAUAAUAAAUAUUAAUUUAACAAGA